CCGCGUCACUAAACAAGAAUAGAGACACGAGUGAAAGCAUCUAUCCUUGUCUGAGGUUUGACCAUUCCUUCUCUGAGAAAUUAGGGAACGCGCAGUCUACUUCUUAUAUGUCCAUGGAGGCAAGUUGCUAUAGCAGCUAAAGUAGCAAAGAAGAAGAAAUUGUCGUCUGCCGUGAUCAUAACCUUGUUGAAUAUAAUUCGACAAAAUAAUAAAUACACGCAUAAGAGUAAAAGAUAUACACGAGUGCCAAUUAAUCGCUUUGAUUGUUUUACAAUGUCUGAGGUUACAAAUGAAGCUGCGGUAGCUGAGAAAGCGGAGAGUGUUGAAGAUCCAAAUGCCGUUUCAGAAGAAGACAAACAAUAUUUGAUGGAAUAUGUAAGAGAAACGGAACAAAGAAUCAAAACAAAGGAAGACAUUCGUGCAGCUAAUUUAAAUCCUAUAAGACCACCAGAAGCGUCAUUUAGCAAACUUGAUUCAAGUCUCAAAAGAAACACUACUUUUGUUAAAAAGCUAAAGAAUUUCAGCGUAACUCAACUUGACACUGUUCUAAAAGACAUGACAAAUUUAAACUUAACCAAAUACAUAAGUGAAGUUGCUUCUGCUCUGGUAGAUGCCAAAAUAAAAAUGACUGAUGUUGGGCCUGCCAUUCGAAUAUGCAGUUUUCUCCAUCAGACAUAUGCUGAAUUUUCUACUCAUUUCUUUGAAAAUUGGCAGAGAAUAUUGUCUUUUAAGAUUGGUGAUAAAAUCGCAAAUCCCAGUAAAUUGCGAGUUGAUCUUCGAUUUUAUGCAGAAUUGGUGAAUGCAGGGAUAUUUACACACAAGCAAGGUUUGCCACUGCUUGGUUCAAUAUUAACAGUAUUAAUCAAUAUGGACAAAGAGGAGCACAACAAUGCCAGCAUAAUAUUGAGCUUUUGUCGACACUGCGGUGAAGAUUAUGCCGGUCUCGUGCCCAGAAAAGUAAGAGAAUUGUCAGAAAAAUUGAAUGUUUCGAUUCCCAAGAGCAAGCUAUUGUCGCCAGACAAGCAACAAAAUGUCAGACUAUUGCUGAGAGAAUAUUACAACUCUUUAUGCAAGCACAUGCUUAAAGAGCACAAAGAAUUGCAGGCAUUCGAGAAGCAAAAUCGCAAAAUAUUGCAAACUAGAGGUGAAUUGAGUUCGGAGAGGAAGGAAAAACUGGAGGCUCUUCAAGUGUCUUACGAGCGUUUGCUGAGCAGCGUGCAAAGCUUUUCCGACACACUAGAUGAACCAAUGCCCGAGCUUCCAGUAGAUAAUGAGACAAAGGCAGAAGCGGAAGAGUCACUGAAGAUGAUUAAUGAAGGAGAAGAUAACAGUUUAUUGGAGGAUAUGUGGGGUGACGAAGAAACAAGACUCUUCUAUGAAGAUUUUCCAGAUUUAAGGGUUUUUCUACCAGGAUCGUAUUUGAAAGAGACCGCAAAAGACACAUUCAAGGACACUCCCUUAACAGAAGACGCUCUCGACGAAGAAAUUAUUUUGGACGAGCUGGAGGAGACUGAGAAAGUUGAAGAACCAGAACCAGAGGUAGAAGAGCCGCAGGUAACUAACACAAGUAAUAAAAUAAUGCUCGAUGCUUUUCUGACACAAUUGCCGAACUGUGUGAAUCGCGGAAUGAUCGACAACGCCGCGAUCAAUUUCCUGAUGAAUCUCAACACGAAGUACAAUAAGAAGAAACUGGUGAAAGCACUUUUUGGCGUCUCCAGAAUCCGUCAAGAUUUGUUACCUUUCUAUUCUCGUUUAGCGGCUAUCCUUUAUCCGGUGAUGCCCGAGAUCGGUAACGAUCUGUGUCAGAUGCUGAAGCAAGAUUUCAAAUAUCACGUACGCAAGAAAGAUCAAAUCAACAUCGAGUCGAAAAUUAAAGUCGUCCGCUAUAUUGGCGAACUUGUCAAGUUCAAGCUAUAUUCAAAAAUAGAGGCGCUCUAUUGCCUCAAAGUGCUGCUACAAGAUUUUACUCAUCAUCACAUUGAAAUGACCUGCAACUUGCUAGAAAUCUGCGGCCGAUAUCUGUUUUGCUCGCCGGACUCGCAUCAGAGAACCAAAGUCUAUCUAGAGCAAAUGAUGCGCAAAAAAGCGGUCACCGCGCUCGACUCGCGCUACGUUACCAUUAUUGAAAACGCUUAUUACUUCGUGAAUCCACCCGAAUCGACUAUCGGCGUUGCGAAAAAAGAUAGACCGCCGAUGCACGAAUUUAUCAGGAAACUGUUGUAUCAGGACCUUUCUAAGACGAAUACUGACAAAGUGCUCAAGUUGAUGCGCAAACUCGACUGGGAAGAUGAAAGCGUGUCAUCGUAUGCCAUAAAAUGCCUCACUGCUGCCUACAACGUAAAGUAUCCCAAUAUUCGCUGCAUGGGAAGCUUACUAGCUGGCUUAGUGGCCCAUUACGAGACCAUAGGGCCUCAAGUGGUUGAUGGCGUACUCGAAGAUAUUCGACUAUGCAUGGAGAUCAAUUUGCCCAAGUUUAACCAACGACGCAUUGCUAUGGUUAAAUAUUUGGGCGAGCUAUAUAAUUACCGAAUGGUCGAGAGCGGUGACAUAUUCCGAACGUUAUAUCUUUUAAUCACUUUCGGAGUCACCAUGGACCAUUCCAUACCGAGCACGCUCGAUCCAUCUGAUCAUCUAUUUCGUAUACGCUUGGUGUGCACUCUGUUGGAAACAUGUGGUCAAUAUUUCAGUGGUGGUUCCAGUAAAAAGAAGCUCGAUUACUUCUUAGUGUUCUUCCAGAGUUACUUCUGGUUCAAGUACACGGAUUCGUUCUGGACAACUGAGAAUCCAUUUCCUUUCGAUAUAGACUACAUGUACCGCGACACAUUGACAAUGCUGCGUCCUAAGAUGCAACUGUUUCAGAGCUACAAAGAGGCGCAAUGCGCCAUAGAAGAAUUGCGGAAUGUUUUGUAUCCCGGCUUGGGUUAUCCCGUUGACGACACUGAAGGCGAGAACGACAUGAGUGUUAUUAUGGAAGGUGACGAAGAAGCGGCAGUAACUGGAAACGGUAGCGGAGAUGCGAAGGGCAUAGCCGAUCUGCAUUUUGAGGAACCGGAAGAUUGUUCGGAGGCACAGUCGGAGGAAGAAUGGACAGCUGACGCGGAGCGAGAUGAUGCCAUGGGUACUCAAGAAAAUACUCAAGGUGAUCGAUCACAGAGUCUGUCCGCGGAAGGUGGCACUGAAGUAAUCAUUGAUGUAAACGAAGAACUAAACGCAGCCUUACCGUCCAAGCCGCGACGUUUGAGCUGCCCGGAAGACGACGAUUUUCUUUCAGCAUUGGACAAAAUGGUGUCUGAUAAUAUACAGGACCGUAUGCGGGAUUCGGUGAAACCGCAACAGGUCGACAUCUCCGUUCCAUUGCACGUGAAAAGUACAAAGAAGACGUACGAACAGCUGCAAGAGCGACCGAGCGACAACAGCACGGUGGAUUUCGUAUUGAUGCUGAGAAAAGGUAACAAGCAACAAUAUAAGAAUCUGGCAGUACCGGUGUCGUCCGAGCUGGCCAUGAAUCUUAGAAAUCGCGAACAGGAACAGAAAGAAGAAAAGGAACGCGUCAAGAGAUUGACAUUGAAUAUUACCGAGAGACAAGAGGAGGAAGAUUAUCAAGAAACCAUGAACCAAAGUACGCGACCAGUCACUGUAAAUCUGAACAGAGAACGGCGACAAAAAUAUAAUCAUCCUAAAGGCGCGCCAGAUGCUGAUCUCAUCUUCGGUCCGAAGAAAAUUCGAUAAAGUCGAUUAGCAAUCGAAUAUUAUUGUUUAAAAUGAAAAAUACUCUGUUGAGAAAUGAAGUGGGUCUGAAAUGGAGUGAAGUGACAUUUCGGACUUAUUUGCAAAAAGCUCCAUCGCUCUUUUUGUUAUGAUGUAUCGCUAAACUUUUUGGAGAACGUAUAUUGUACGUUGCAUCAGAAUUUUAAUUGUUGUAUUAUAUGUACAGAGGAUAUGCGUGUUUGUAAGUGCAUUUAAACGAAUCAAAGAAUUUGGAUCUUACCAACAUUUAAUUUAACUUGCUAAUUGAUCAACUGUGAUUAAUCGAUUCUUGAAAAACAAUUAAUCAAUUGUCAUUGAUCAAUUCUUGAAAAACAAUUGAUCAAUUGUGAUUGAUCAAUUCUUGAAAAACAAUUAAUCAAUUGAUCAAUUCCAUCGGCUGUUCAAGUUAACCGGAGUUGGUGAGACUGAUUUUUAGUCUCGAGACUGGUAUAUAAUAAGCGCACUUUUCCGAUGUAGACGUAUAAAAUUUAUUUUUUUGGCUAAAACAUUCAUAAACAUGAUUAAAAUCGAUCGAUUUUGACUCAAUACACUGCCGAUACUUUAAUGUGAACAUAUGGUUUACUGACCAUACUAUGAAAAAUACAACCGACAUUGUAUCAUUUAUUAUAGUAGCGAUAAUUUGUGUGUGAAUAUUAUUAGAAUAUCUUACAAAUUUCUAGUUCAUGAUUAUUUUAUAUUUUCAACAAGAUGUGUAUGUUGUGAUAGACUAUAUGAAUUAAUAUUGCUUCAUAUAAAAUUUUUUUUAAAUAUGAUAUAUUGUAUAUUAAUUGCCAAGUAAAGAUUGUUUAGUGCAAUUCAUCAUUUUCAUUAAAAUUACACACAGUGAUACUUCUGGAUAAGACAAAAUCGUCACGUGCAAACAGUUGUCGCACACUAUGUAACCAAAUUAUUGUAUACGUAAAACAUCAUGUCGCCGACUUUAAAAAAUGCGACGUAGCAGUCAUUAUAAAUAGAAAACAAUCUCAAUCUCAUUGAAAAACAAAUUAUAUAUAAAUU